CCCCUUUUCUGCUGUUGUGGCCAGAAAUAAACCAUAAAUACCCCCCCUGUCCCUGCCCUCUAAUGGCUCAACCCCACCAAACACCAAGUGACAACGAAAAAGAGGGACACUACCACUUACUAGCAGGCAUACGCAGUGGAGGAGCAGUGGACCAGGAGGAUGUCGGAGCAGCAGAGUGCCCCAGAGCAGCUGGCUGCUGGGAAGAGCCAGGGUGGAGCUGGAGCCACAUAUAAGGUGGUGCUGUUUGAAUUCGAAAACUUCCAGGGCUGCAAGGCGGAGUUCUCUGCAGAGUGUAAAGAUGUGACAGAGAAGGGGCUGGAAAAGGUUGGCUCUGUGAUAGUUGAGUCGGGACCCUGGGUGGGUUAUGAUCGGCAUGGGUUCACAGGGGAGCAGUUUAUUCUAGAGAAGGGCGAGUAUCCUCGCUGGGACACCUGGACCAACAGUCAGAACAGCUACUCCCUCUUCUCUCUAAGGCCACUCAAAGUGGACAGUGCUGAACACAAGCUCCACCUGUAUGAGAACCCCGGGUUUACUGGCAGAAAGAUGGAGAUAGUUGAUGAUGAUGUGCCCAGUUUGUGGGGACACGGUUUUCAGGAUCGUGUAGCAAGUGUCAAGGCUCUGAAUGGAACAUGGGUGGGCUACAUGUACCCAGGCUACAGAGGUCGGCAGUUUGUGUUUGAACGAGGAGAUUUCAAGCACUGGAAUGACUGGGAGGCCCCUGCGCCCCAGAUCCAGUCUGUCCGACGUGUGCGGGACAUGCAGUGGCACAAGAGGGGCUGUUUCACUGUUCCCGACCCGGCUCCAGCUCCCGGCCCCGGCCCGGACCCCGACCCUGCCCCAGCACCUCCUGCCCCUCCUGCUGCAGCUGGAUCCAGCUGAGCAGGGUCCUCACCUGCCUCCCAACCCCUCCCACAGCCUUCCCCACGCUGCCGACAGUGCCUGCCCUCUGCCUUAACCUAACCAUGGCAAAUGCUGCUUGUGCCCAGUGAGGAGUGCCAUGUAUGUUUCAGUGGCGAAUAAAAAGUUGUUUGACCUGGA